ACACACACACACUAAAAAUUCCCAAAAAUCCCAAAAACCCUAAUUCAACCUCCACACUCAAUCACCGAUCACAAAAAUGCGCAACCGGCGAUUCGCGCAAGUCGCGAUGAGCGACGACGAGGACGACGCUCCGGCGAAGCCUCCGUCUCCGGCGCCGCACUCCGACGACGAUCACCGCCGGAGCAAGCGAAAGCGUAAGCAAAUGAAACUAAUCGACGAAGAAGAAGAAGAACAGAAAUCUCCGAGUCCUAAAAAGAAGAAAACGAAGCAAGACGAGAGCGAAAACGAGGAGGAUGCGGAGGAGGAGGAGGAAGAAGAAGCUGUGGUGGAUGCGAAGCCGAUUGGCGAGCCGGUUAAGUCAUCCGGAAAGGGGAAGAAGCUGCGUAAUCAUUUCGAGACGUUCGAGUAUGACGGAUUGCGAUAUGAGCUCGAGGACGCUGUGCUUUUAGUGCCCGAAGAGACGAAUCAAAAGCCUUAUGUGGCUAUUAUUAAGGAUAUCAUGCAAGACAAGGAAGGUAAUGUGAUGGUGCUUGGGCAAUGGUUUUACCGUCCGGAGGAGGCUGAAAAAAAGGGUGGGGGAAACUGGAAUUCUUCUGAUACAAGAGAACUCUUUUACAGUUUCCACCGUGAUGAGGUGGCUGCAGAAUCUGUAAUGCACAAGUGUGUGGUACACUUCAUUCCUUUAAACAAGCAGAUCCCAAAGCGUAAAGAGCAUCCAGGAUUUAUUGUCCAGAGAGUAUAUGAUACUGAACAAAGGAAACUCUUUAAGCUGACAGAUAAAGAUUAUGAAGAUAGCAAGCAACAUGAAAUUGAUCUUCUUGUUCAGAAAACCUUUUCACGGCUUGGAGAUGUUCCUGACAUUGAGACUGAAGAUGGUGAAGCUAAUCAGGAGGAUCAGUUGAGAAACAAAAGAUUGUUAAGAAGAAAAAAUAUGCUCCCGUUAGAUGUUUCAAGAGUGGAUGAAGACCCUGCCAAGUCUGGAAUGUCUAGUCAACUCCAGAAAGCAGAAACACCAGGAAGCUGUAACAGUAAUGGCUCAGAAUAUUACAAAAUUCUGGCCAACUUCAAGGUCUUGACCGGAGAAUCACAGCGUGAUAAAUGGCUAGAAAAGCUUCUCGAGGGGAUUCAAUCUAUAUGCACCCCUCCAGCAAGCAGUCAAGCUGAUGGUAAAGAAAAGGCGGAAACUGAAGGCAACAAUGUUCCAAGUGAAGAAAGUGGAAGUGCUCCUGAGGAGAAUAGUAAAAAUGGGAAGCCUACCUUUCUUUGGCCUGAUGCUGCUGUUCCUGCUAUAGCUGCUCUAGAGAAGGCAUCACAUGAAACUUUUUCUGGUGUUUUUGAGAAGUAUAACCAGAAGAUGCGCCAGCUAUCAUUUAAUCUCAAGAACAAUGCACAGUUAUCUCGGCGUUUACUUGCUGGAGAGUUGGAACCUAUAAAAAUACUAAAAAUGUCCAGUGUUGAGUUGAAGGAGGGACUUACUACGGAGGAAAUAGCAAGCAAAGAGCCAGAAGAGUCUGCACACAUACAGAUGACGGAUGCUCGUUGCAAGAGAUGCAUGGAGAAAAAAGUGGGUCUGACAGAAAUCAUCCAAGCUGGACAUGGAGAUCGAUACCGGCUGGAGUGCCAUGCUUGUGGUAAUGAUUGGUGGACAUCCAGAGAUGAAGCAUCUACACUCACAAUAGAUGGGUCAAAUUCUAGGAACGUAGGUACUGCGCCACUGGCCACUGCCAAGUUUGAAGAUGUUGAGAAGCUGGUUAGUCCCCGUGAACACAAGAAGUCUGCAACUGAUCUUCUUAAGAAAACCACUGAAGCCAAGAUGCCUGUCCUUGAUAACCAGAGAUCUUUCAACAAGUCCAGAUCUGAAGAUAAUGUAGCAGCUACAACUGCCGAAUCUUAGAAUAUCUCCUCAUGCUCGGAUCCUGCAAAUGGUUGCUUCACUGUUAGUAAUAGAACAUGGCUUUGCUUAAUUCUAGAGGUUGGGCUUUUGUGGAGUCAAGUUUGACAUUACUUAUAUCGUGGUAUUACUGUUUUGCUGUCCAAGGUUGGUGCCUAAAGAUGGCAAUGAAUGAGUAAUUAUAAACAUGGUUAAAGAAGGAUCUUAUUAUAGCAUCCUGUAGACGUUAAAUAUUACAUAAACUGUUCCUUUAAUCUUUUUCUUA